UUUGAUAACUUUGAUUUCGUUCAUUUUGUAAUUUGUGAAAUAAAUCAGGUGUUUAAUUUAUUUAAUAGACAAUUAUGCGACAAUAGCAAUAAUUAAUUGUUGGCUUAGAUCCUAAUUCUAAAGAUGCCACCUACAGUGAAUAAUAGUGAGUCUGACAGGGACAAACGUCCUCAAAGAACCGGAGAGAGGAGAUCUGAACUAGUUACCCGCGUGAAGUACUGCAACACUCUCCCAGAUAUCCCCUUCGACCUCAAAUUCAUCACAUACCCAUUUCCAUCUGAUCGUUUCAUUCAGUACAACCCGACGUCUCUAGAGAAAAACUACCGCUAUGAGGUGUUAACUGAACACGAUUUGGGUGUGCACAUAGAUCUGAUUAACCGGGACAUUUACCAAGGCGAUGGGAAUGCUGUAUUAGACCCCGCUGAUGAGAAGUUACUUGAGGAUGAUGUGCUCACGCCGCAAGACUCCAAGCGGUCGCGGCAUCACGCCAAGAAUGUGUCGUGGCUGCGGCGCUCCGAGUACAUCUCCACUGAACAGACCAGGUUUCAGCCUCAGAGUAUGGAGAAGGUUGAAGCUAAAGUUGGUUACAAUGUCAAGAAGAUAUUCAGCGAAGAAACCCUGUACAUGGACCGCGAGAGUCAAAUCAAAGCCAUUGAAAAGACGUUUGAGGACAACAAGAAACCUAUAGAGAAACACUACAGUAAACCAGGAGUUGUUCCGGUGGAGAUCAUGCCACUGUUUCCUGACUUUGAGAUGUGGAAGUAUCCAUGUGCUCAAGUCAUCUUUGACACGGACCCAGCUCCUUCUGACAAGAACACAGCUGGACAGAUUGAGGCCAUGUCUCAAGCUAUGAUUCGAGGUGUGAUGGACGAAAGUGGAGAGCAGUUUGUAGCUUACUGUCUCCCAACCGAGGAGACACUGCAGAAGAGACGCAGAGACGUGGCCCAGAACAUUCAGUACAUGGAUGAUGACACAUAUGAGUACAAGAUGGCGAGAGAAUACAACUGGAACGUCAAGAGUAAGGCGUCUAAGGGCUACGAAGAGAACUACUUCUUGGUGGUCCGCAACCACACAGUCUACUACAACGAGCUGGAGACUCGCGUGCGCUUGUCGAAGCGUCGCGCGCGCGCGGGGGGCGUCCCACAGGCGCUCACCCGCCUCGUGGUCACCCACCGGCCGCUGUCGGCUGCCGAGCACCGCAUGCUGAGGCUUAGGGAGAAGCAGCUGGAGCCGCAGCAGGAGGAAGACGAAGAGGAAGAGGAGGAUGAUGAUGAGGAGGAGGAGGAAGAGAAGCAGGAGGGAGACAAGGAACAGAGUGCUGGGAAAGAGAGGUCCCGCUCGCGCUCCAAGUCUCGUUCCAAGUCCAAGUCCAAGUCGCGCAGCCGCUCGCGCUCCGGCUCCGGCUCGCGCAAGUCCCGGUCCAGGAGUGGAUCUGCCAGGUCUGGUUCUGCAAGGUCCCGUUCAGGCUCGCGCUCCCGCUCGGGCUCUCGAGCGACCUCCCGCAGUGGCUCCCGCGCCUCCUCUCGAGCCAGCUCCAAGGCUAGCGGGAAGGGCUCACGAGCUAGUUCCAAGGCCAGUGGCAGACGGUCUAGAGCUAGUUCGAAAGGGUCCCGGGCCAGUUCUGCUGGCAGCGCGCGUUCGAAGAGCUCUAAGGGGAGCAAGGCAUCCCGCGCCUCAUCCAAGGCGUCGUCCCGCGCGUCCUCGCGUUCAUCCCGGGCGUCCAAGCGCUCGUCCCGGUCGGCUUCGAAGGCGUCGUCCCGGGCCAGUUCGAAACGGCGGUCCGGGUCGGAGAGCUCCAAGAGUGGCUCGCGACAGGGAUCGCGAAGUGGAUCGGCGUCCAGUGCCUCGUCGAAACACAGCGGCUCAGACUAAAACAACCUGUAUUUUAGCCCUUGUAAUGAAUUUGACUGUAUUAUUUAAGUUCUAGUUAUUAUAAAAUAAUUAAGUUAAUAAAUAUUUGAUUUCAUAAUAAUUAUGGGAGUUUUUAAUGUAAGGGGAAAUUAAAAGUAAAUAGUUCGAGAUAACGUUUCAUUUAUUAGUAUUCAAUUUCAUUUGAUUAAUACAGUAAAAAAACUAUGGGUCUCUAAUUAUUGUUAGCUGAUUUUUAAUACUAUAAAGUACCUAAGUAAACAUAGGUAAAUCUGUUUUAAA